AUCUUGAGAGGACAAUGGAACAAUUUCAUCAUUACAGUCGGCCUUUCAAUCUACUAUAUGAAUCCUCCUUGGCCUCCGGUCUCAGUACACAUAUAGUUUCUGAAAUAUCUAGAGAGAGAGAGAGUGUGUCUGUGUGUGUGGGAGAGAGGGGGAGAGAGAUGGGAAGGAAUGCAAGCUCUUCUAGUAAUGGAUUAACAAAGGGAGCCUGGAAUGCUCACGAGGACAAGCUAUUGAUUUCCUGCAUCCAAGUCCACGGAGAAGGAAGCUGGAAAAGCGUUCCCCAGAAAGCAGGGCUAAACAGAUGUGGGAAGAGUUGCCGGCUCAGAUGGCUAAAUUAUCUAAGGCCAAAUAUCAAACAUGGAAACUUCUCCGAGGAAGAGGAGGACCUCAUCAUAAGGCUACACAAACUAAUUGGGAAUAGGUGGUCUUUGAUCGCCGGAAGAAUUCCUGGUCGAACAGAUAAUGAGAUAAAAAAUUACUGGAACACAACCUUAGGUAAAAAGCUUCGCAAUCAGCAGCGCCAAACGAAAGCAGACGCAGCACUACCAACAUCAUCUCCCCCGUACAAAAACGAUCGGACGGCUGAAAUGAUCCGUCCCAAGGCCGUUAAUUCCACCAAAUCUUAUCCAACAAACCUUCCAAAUGUUCCUUCUCCAUCUGCUGCAGCUGUGGCGGUUGAAGCAGCCGCUCAAAAAAUGGUCAUUGAAGAGAGAAAUAACGGUGCAGCAAUUGAGGAUUGGUUCCUCGACUUUGAUUUGGACUGUUUGGAUGAUGUAAUGAUGUUCAGGGAAAUGGACAUUGACGGUUGGAUCUAGAAAAAGUUCAUGGUCUAAAACUUCUUCUUGCAGGACCAUAUUUGGAUUUUUCUGUGUGUUUUUUUUUCUUUUCAGGACAAUUUGUAAGUUAGCUGGUAAUAAAUUUGAGAAAGUCAUGUGUUCAUUAUAUAUAUA